AUGGCGGACGUGGGGGAACUGGAAUGGCUGGACAUUGUCGUCAUCAUCUUGUAUUUCGUCUUCGUUCUCGGAGUUGGAUUAAUGGCAUCCAAGUUUAGUAACAGGACAACCCUUGGCGGAUAUUUCCUAGCAAGUCGAAGCAUGCAUUGGAGCUUGAUAGGAGCGUCUUUAUUUGCUAGUAAUAUAGGUAGCGGACAUUUUAUUGGGCUCGCGGGGUCUGGCGCUGCUGGCGGCAUCGCCGUAGCAGCAUUCGAACUCAACGCAGCCUUCGUGCUCAUGCUGCUGGGAUGGUUGUUUGUGCCCGUGUACGUCGCAGCCGAGGUUUACACGAUGCCGGAAUACCUGAAGAAGCGCUUCGGAGGACAGCGGAUACGCGUCUACCUCUCCUGUCUCGCUAUCCUUCUCUCCAUAUUCACAAAGAUCUCAGCGGAUCUGUUCGCAGGAGCGAUUUUCAUUGAGCAGGCAUUGGGUUGGAACUUGUAUGUAUCCACGCUGAUCCUCAUCCUGCUGGCUGCUCUCUUCAGCAUCCUUGGCGGUCUGACGGCAGUAAUAUGGACAGAUACUCUACAGACCGUCAUCAUGCUAGGUGGCGCUGCUACGCUCACAGCCAUCGGGUUCGUUCGCAUCGGUGGCUACCAAGCUGUAAUAUACGAAUACUUCAACGCUAUCGCCACGACAGUGAUCAUGAGCAACGAGAGCGAAUGCGGGUUCCCUCCCGACAACUCCAUGCAUCUGAUGCGACCCGCGGAUGACCCGCAGCUUCCGUGGCCCGGGGUCAUAUUCGGGAUGUUCGUGUCCGGAGUCUGGUAUUGGUGCUCGGACCAGGUCAUAGUACAGAGGGCGCUAGCGGCGAAGAACAUAAGCCACGCGAAGGCUGGCUGCGUGUUUGCAGGUUACCUCAAGCUACUUCCCAUGUUUCUACUCGUCAUGCCUGGCAUGGUCGCCAGGAUCCUCUUUCCCGAUGAGGUCGGAUGUGCGGAUCCGGACAUAUGUGAGGAGCUAUGCGGAUCGAGGGCCGGCUGUACAAACAUUGCCUAUCCCAGGCUCGUGCUGGAGCUCAUGCCAACAGGUCUGCGUGGUCUCAUGAUGGCGGUCAUGAUGGCGGCGCUCAUGAGCUCUCUGACGUCAAUAUUCAACAGCAGCGCCACCAUCUUUACGAUAGACAUCUGGACGCGCAUUCGCAAGAACGCUUCAGAGGUUGAGAAGAUGAUUGUCGGAAGGGUGUUUGUGAUCGGGCUCGUGGUCGUUAGUGUUCUCUGGAUUCCUGUGAUACAGGCCAACACCGGCAGUCAACUCUUCGACUACAUACAGAGCGUGACUAGCUAUCUCUCUCCACCCGUCUGCUCUGUCUAUGUCCUUGCCAUCUUCUGGUCAAGAACAAACGAGAAGGGAGCGUUCACUGGUCUCAUGUUAGGAUUGCUGCUGGGAGGCACCUAUUUCAUCAUCACGUUUGUCUACGGCGUGCCAGAGUGCGGGGAACCCGACACGAGACCAAGCUUUAUUACCAAGCUACACUACCUGUAUGUAGGGUUGAUACUUUUCGGCAUAUCAAUUCUGACAACGGUAGUGGUUAGUUUAUUGACGGAGCGUAUAGGGGAGGAACAUCUUUACCGACUUACGUUCUGGAGUCGUCACAGCGAAGAGGAGCGACUGCCGCUGGACGACGACAACGACGAUGACGAUAACACGCCGGCGUCCGUCACCGAAUCCGUAGGCAGCGAACCUGCCGAGCCGUCCUUCACUAGAAAGCUGCUGAAUUUCGUCGGCGGGAUUCAGUCGGAGGCUGAGAUGUGGCGAGCAGCCAAGCAGCUGCGGCAGGAGCUCGCUGCCCGAGCCGAGCUGCAGGCCGAAGAUACCCAAAAGCUCCCGGAAGCAGCCAAUGCUAUCGCCGAGCAGCCGAUGUACAUGUGGCUGUGUAACGCUAACGCGAUAGCGAUGAUGGCCGGCGCAAUAUUCCUGUGGGGCUUCUACGCCUAGCUGUCGCUCUCUGCG